CGUCUGUAUUUUAGUCAUUUCGGAUUUCGCAUAGGCUGGUCACACCAAUUAGACGUAGGCACCCGACCCACGAAUAGGAUUCCUCACAAAAGAAGGCACGAAAGCCGCGAUAUUAUUGCCAAUAGGACCGAAACCAGUGGAUUGAAGAACUUGCUCUGCUAGCAGGAGAUCUCUGAAAAUGCGCCUCCAGCGUGGGUGCCACCGCCGAGUCCUGUAAUCUUCUGUGAGAGAAUUUCUGGCGGAGAAGAGCGGAUCGGAGCGGAGGAAAGCGGAAAGCCAAGUGUUUUCUGUUUUCAAAACAGAAUCGGGGCGGCGGCGUCGACGUCAACGAAUCAACGAUAUCAACCCGGAUAUUAGGUGAACAGGUGAACAGCACAUUUCAAGGAGCAUUCCCAAGGAGCGCAUCAGAAGCCAAGAUGUGCAGCUUGGACGUACGACGCUUCUUCGAGGAGUGGCGCAUCUGGAUACGUCCGCUGCUCAUUGUCACCUAUGUCAUCUUUGCCAUAAUCGUGGUGCCGCUGCUCAUUGUGAACUCCGUGAAGGAUGGCUUCCAGCGCAAUGACCAGCUCAUUCUCAUCGGCGGUCUGUUUGUGCUGUCCGCAGUGCCCGUGUCCAUUUGGCAUAUCAUCCAACACGUCAUUCAUUUUACCAAGCCCAUACUGCAGAAGCACAUAAUCCGCAUAUUGUGGAUGGUGCCUAUCUACGCCUUGAACGCGUGGAUCGGCCUUUUCUUUCCGAAGCACUCCAUCUACGUGGACUCACUGCGCGAGUGCUACGAGGCGUACGUUAUCUACAACUUCAUGGUGUACCUGCUCAACUACUUGAAUCUCGGCAUGGACCUGGAGGCCACAAUGGAGUACAAGCCGCAGGUGCCGCACUUCUUUCCGCUCUGCUGCAUGCGACCGUGGGUGAUGGGUCGUGAAUUCAUCCACAACUGCAAGCACGGCAUCCUCCAGUACACGGUCGUGCGCCCCAUUACCACCUUUAUCUCUGUCAUCUGCGAGCUAUGCGGCGUCUACGGCGAGGGCGAGUUUGCGGGCAACGUGGCCUUCCCCUACAUUGUGGUGGUCAACAAUAUAUCCCAGUUCGUGGCCAUGUACUGCCUAGUGCUAUUUUACCGUGCAAACAAGGAGGAUCUCAAACCAAUGAAGCCAAUUCCCAAAUUUCUGUGCAUCAAGGCUGUGGUGUUCUUCUCGUUUUUCCAAGGAGUGCUACUCAACGUACUGGUAUAUUAUAAUAUUAUUAAGGACAUCUUUGGAUCGGAUGUGGGAGACACCAACCUGGCUUCCCUGCUUCAGAAUUUCCUCAUCUGCAUCGAAAUGUUUAUCGCGGCCGUGGCUCACAUCUACAGCUUCCCGCACCACCCGUUCCACAUUAACUCGCCGCAGUAUUGGAACAACCCGAACCAUAGCUGGUGUCGCGCCUUCCUCUCCAUGAUGGACAUAUCCGACAUGCAGGAGGAUGUCACCGAACAUCUGGGCGUCGUGGGCAGUUCACUGAGUCGUCGCUUCCAGGGCCGCACCACAUACCAGCCGCUGGCGCGCAGUCCUCGCCGGUCCAGCAGUGAGUCCGAGUAUCUGAUCAGCAAGCGGCAAGAUCAGCAGCUGCCGGGCAACUCGUCGCAAUCAGGUAACAUGUAUGGUGCAACGUCCAGUCGCCUGAUCGUGCCUGUGUAUGAUGGCAAGCUGAAUACACUGCCCGAAAGUCAAUCUACUCACUCCCAAUCUCGAUUUCCUUUAGCAGGCGUGGCCGACGAUGGGAACAGUAGCAAUAGCAACUACCAACAACAACAACUACACUUGCCGGGAGCGGCAGGCUCACAGCCGUCGACCCGCCAACGCGACACCCUGCAUCUUCGCGAGCGCGAAAGGGAUCCGGGUGCGGGUGCUGGCGGAGGUGGCAGUUUCCUGCGCCUGCCCCCUGGUGCCGCGUCGGCAGCGGCGCCAAUUCCCGAGUCCAACGAUGAUUAUGCCCUGCUGUUGGGUGCGGGCGCAGGCAGGUGACACCGCUACCAACAAUAUCACUACCAGCACCAUC